CUCUCCAUUUUCACUACCUAUAAAAUCCCUUCUAAAAACCUUCCAUUUUACAUAUUUAUACACAUAAACAACACUCUUCUUCCUCUUCUUCUUUAUAUUAUAAAUUACAAAUUACAAAUUACAAAUAAAUAAAUAAAGAUUGCAACUUUGCAUAGACCCAACACCAAAAAAUUAAAUUAAAAGAUUAAGAGAAGAAGGGUUUGUUUAGAAGUGAAAAAAUGAGCGGUCUUGGGGUUAAGAUUUCAAUUCCGGCCACCGUCCGCAAGACGAUCCAAGAUAUUAAAGAGAUCACCGGUAAUCACAGUGAAGAAGACAUUUAUGCAAUGCUUAAAGAAUGUUCUAUGGAUCCUAAUGAAACUGCUCAAAAACUUCUCCUUCAGGAUACGUUUCAUGAAGUCAAAAGGAAACGGGACAAGAAAAAAGAGAAUGUAAACAACAAAGAAUCUGGAGAUUCCCGACGGAAACCUAGCACACAAAGUCGAGGUAGUAGGGGUGGUCGUGGAAACUUUCCAUCCCGUUACACAUCACAUGAUGCUGGUGGCAGCAGGGUUCCUGGCCCUGCAAGGGACAAUGUAAACAACCAAGCUGCAGAUAAGGGAGCGGGCAUUUCUUUGCCAGCCUCUCAAGAGAAAAGUAAAGAAACAAGUCCAUCACCAAGCUCUGCUGGUGUUUUGGCCAACGAUGCUACUGCUGAAGCUUCUGCAAGCACGAGUGUAAAGCCUAAAUCAAAUUUUCCUGCUGGCAGUGGCGUAAGUAAAAGCGAAACAAUCUCAUCAACCAUUGUUGAUAAGAUGGGAAGUACAGUAUCUGCUGUUGAUGCAGACAAAUCCCCUGAAAUUGCUUUUGGAACUGGGGACGCACAUGGGGGGCCCGUUCCAAUCUCUAGUAACUCGGUAUCUGUGGCUCCAACAUCUUCAUCAGCUGUUUAUUUCUCAUCAUCAGAUCCUGUACUUGUUCCAUCUAAUGAUCUACGAGUUCCUGUGGGUACAAUCAAACGUGAAGUGGGUGGUCAUCGAACUUCUGGCGAUUCAAAUGCAGUUAUUCCUAUUGAGAAAUCAGCUUCUGAGACUAGUUCUGCUUUUCCUCAAGGGAAGAUGCCAAGUAAAUCCCAGGUUGGGAAGGGUCAGCUCAAUGACUCUUCCCAACCCUCAUGUGCACCAAUCCACGGUGGUUCUUCUGGUAGCAGGCCUUCCUCUAACUACAAUAGCAGGACACAGCAAAUUCCUGCACUUCAAAAAGUUGGUUCUACUAAGGAGUGGAAACCAAAGCCAGCAAACACAAAUGUGAAUCAGGGUUCUGGAGCAGCUGGUUCAUCUGAUAUACCUAACAUUCCAGUUGAAGUGCCACUGCCUCAAUCACAUGUCCUUGAUACAGAAGAGGCAACCUCUAAACUGCAUAAGAAGUUGGAGGAGUUGCAUCUUCCACAACGUCGGCAUGUUAUUAUUCCAACCCAUAUUCAUGUUCCUGAAUCUGAAAGAACAAAAUUGAGUUUUGGAAGUUUUGAUGCUAGUUUUGCAAUUACGAGCUAUGUCAGUGGUCCAGGGAGUGACAAGAGUUCUACACCUUUGUCUGAGACUUCUGAGGGUGUUAACGGAACUGUGGAGGAACAUGUUGCGAGCAAUCAAGAUACAUUAGAGACUGCUGAGGAGGGAGCCUACCCCGAUCAUCCAGACUCACCUUCGCAUGCACCUGGAAACUUCUCUUCUGAGGGAGAUGUCUCGUCUAGUGCAGUUCCUGACUACAAUGAGUCCAAGCAGGAGGCUGCAUUUUUGUCUGGGGGCCAGCAAUAUUCAGUGGUACAUACUUCUCCGAGCUAUGGUUUUGGUUUUGUGCCUCCAAUGCUGGGUACUCAGAUUUCACCAUUUGAAAAUUCUGAUUCUCAAGCACGUGAUAUGUCUCGCCUUCCUAGCUUUGUUGUUCAGCAGCCCAUUGAUCCUGCUUAUUAUGCCCAAUUCUAUCGUUCUGGCGCUGAUACUGAUGGCCGGGUUUCUCCGUUUACUUCACCCGCAGUUGCUGCUAAAUACAAUGGGAAUGUUGCAGCGUUGCCUCAACAUACUGCUCAGUCUACUCAAGAGGGUGGGAAUUCUUUAGUUCUGUCAACAGCGGGUUUAACUCCAGUAGCUACUCAAGCUGCUGGGCCCAUGCAAAGUUCUAUGGCUGUCAGUCAGCAGCAGCUUCCUGUCUUCCGUCCCCCAACUGGGUUACAUAUGCCGCACUAUCCACCAAAUUACAUCCCUUAUGGUCAUUAUUUCUCCCCAUUCUAUGUUCCACCUCCAGGCAUCCACCAAUUUUUAAGUAAUGGUGCAUUUCCACAACAGCCUCAAGCUGGGGGUGUGUAUCAAGCUCCACAGGCAGCAGCUGCCAUUGGUGUCAAAUAUUCACUUCCACAAUAUAAACCUGGAACUAAUACAGGAAACUCAACUCAUAUGGGAAUGCCGAGUGGCUAUGGGCCAUAUGGCUCCUCUCCAGCUGGUUAUAAUCCCAGUUCUACAACAGCAGGCGGAAAUACUACAACAAAUGAGGAUCUUGGCGGUUCCCAAUUUAAGGAAAGUAACGUCUACCUCACUGGACAGCAGAGUGAGGGUUCAGCUGUGUGGAUCGCUGGACCUGGUCGAGAUAUGUCUAGCUUGCCUAGUUCCUACUACAACCUUCCUCCUCAAGGUCAGCAUAUGACUUUCACCCCAACGCAGGCUGGCCAUGGCACAUACACAAAUAUCUAUCAGCCCACGCAAGCAGUAACCACGCCAGCUGUUCAUCCACUUCUGCAACAGUCUCAAUCAAUGGGUGGAGCAGUUGAUAUGGGACCUGCAGCCACCGUUUACCAGCAACCUCAGCAUCAACAGAUUAAUUGGCCUAGCAACUACUGAAAGACAGAAAUGACUUUUAUUUUUGCACACCAAGAAAAACAAGUCCGAUCCUGGUAUAUUUUUUGGGAACUCCAAUGAGUUUGGAUAGAUGGAAGCCGUGAGACGAUAGAUUGGCUGGAUCAGGGAGAGCAAUCUAGAGGAGUCUCUAUAACAAUUUUUCCAAUGAAUGCUCGGACUUGAAGGUAUAAAAAGUGCAGUUCACCUGUAACUGAUAGACGUUGACGUUUUUAAGUUAGUCGAGGUAGGCAUGUGCAGUUUUCUCUUGUUGAUGAUGCCAUAUGGUGUUACGGUAUCAUUACGUAGUCGUUUUCUUUUUCUAUAAGCGCCUUGGAACUUAGGGUUUAUAUUGUUGAGUGGUGAGAACCGUUCCAUUCUUUUUUGACUUCGAGGUUUUUUUCUAGAUUGCUGGAAGGUAAUAUAUAGGUUGAUGGAGAAUUUUCUGAUUCCUUUUCAGUUCGUCUUUCCGCUACCUGUAAAGUGAAUUUUGAUAGAGGGGAAGGAUGUAGCUAACUGUUGUAAUUGGUAUAAGCAAAAGUGAAAAUUGCAAUUGUUUUAUGCUGCCUCA